AUGGUCAAAGUCACAGUGGCAGGCGGCUCUAAUGGCCUUGGGCGAGUCAUUGUUCGUGCCAUUGCAGCCACCGGCAAGCAUGAGGUUUCGGUGCUCUCGAGACACAGCAAAGAAAAUGAUCCCAAGGAUUCCAUUCCGGUGCUAGUCGUAGACUACUCCAGCCCGGAGAGUAUCGCCGACGUCAUUCGGUCCAAUGGCACUGAAGUCGUCAUCUCUACCAUCGGCGUCCUUUUCGAAGACACCCACCAGGCUCAGAUGAACCUUAUCGAAGGUGCUGAGAAGUCUGGAACUGUUAAACGUUUCGCUCCUAGCGAGUUUGCCUAUGAUUAUCUUGCGGCCAAAGAAGGUGGGUACCCGUGCCAACUACCCGGCCUCGAGGGCUACAAGGGCAACACCUACAAGAUCGAGGCUUUCAAGAAAUUGCAAUCCACAAGUAUGGAAUCCACGCGAUUCAUUAUUGGGUUUUUGAUGGAUUACUACGGCGCUCCGGCCGAGUUGCCUCCCGUCUUGCCUCUUGCCGUGGUCCUAGACAUUGAGAACAACAAAGCAGCCUUGCCUGUCACCGGCGAGGACAAGGUCACUCUGACGCAUUCCGAAACGAUUGGAAAAUUUGUCGCCGCCAGUUUGGAUCUGAAGGAGUGGCCAGAGAAGUCGUGGAUCAUUGGAGACACGUUGACUUGGCGAGAGGCACUUGGCUUUGUGGAAAGCACGCGCAAGAUCAAGCUCGAUGUCCACUUCGACUCCAUCGAUGAUCUGAAAGAAUCGAAGAUUACAGAACUCCCCGGCAACAUACCAAAGUAUGAGUUGGUUGGAAAGCCGUUCAUUGACGGAAUGAUGUCGCUUUGGUCUUUGGGGUUUGCCUGGGGCUGGUACGACUUGACUUCAUAUAAGAAGUCUGAAAAGACAUUGAAUGAGGUGUUUCCGGAACUGGAGACCCUCACGUUCAAGAGCUUCAUGGCGCGCUGCUUUAGAGAGGAGGCAAAGUGA